GAGCCAAUGAAACGGGCGUGCAGUCCCCCGGCAGCUCGCUGCGUUGUGUAACUUUUACUGCAGGUCCUCGCAGCCGCAUUCAUCGUCGCCUCCGCCGGCCCUUCGUUGGCUUAACGCGUCCCUCUCCAAGAUGGCAGCGCCGAAGAAAGUCUGCAUCAUUGGCUCCGGAAACUGGGGUUCCGCCAUUGCCAAGAUCGUGGGUGCCAAUGCUGCUCAGAAUGCACAUUUUGACACCACCGUAAAAAUGUGGGUGUUUGAGGAGAUGGUGAACGGGCGCAAACUGACCGAAAUCAUCAACAAUGACCACGAAAAUGUGAAGUACCUUCCUGGGCACCAGCUGCCAGCCAAUGUGCUGGCCGUCGCAGACCUGGUGGAGGCGUCCUGCGAUGCAGACAUUUUGGUGUUUGUGAUCCCGCAUCAGUUUGUCGGGAAAGCGUGUGACACCAUGAAGGGCAAGAUAAAGACCGACGCACUGGGGAUGUCUCUCAUCAAGGGCGUCGACGAGGGGCCCGAUGGACUUAAACUCAUCUCCGAUGUGAUCCAGGAGAAGAUUGGCAUCACCAUGAGUGUGCUCAUGGGGGCCAACAUUGCCAAUGAGGUUGCCGAUGAGAAGUUUUGCGAGACCACCAUUGGGUGCAAGAAUAAAAACCACGGGGCUCUCCUGAAGGAACUCAUGCAGACCACCAACUUCCGAGUCACUGUGGUGGAAGAGUACGAUGUGGUGGAGAUCUGUGGAGCCCUGAAGAACAUCGUUGCGGUCGGCGCCGGUUUCUGUGACGGUCUGGGCUUCGGAGACAACACGAAGGCCGCCGUGAUCCGGUUGGGCCUGAUGGAGAUGAUCGCGUUCGCCCGCAUCUUCUGCACCGCCGGUCCCGUGUCCUCCGCGACCUUCCUGGAGAGCUGCGGCGUGGCGGACCUCAUCACGACCUGCUACGGCGGCCGCAACCGCAAAGUAGCCGAAGCCUUCGUGAAGACGGGGAAGACCAUCGAGGAGCUGGAGAAGGAGAUGCUGAACGGUCAGAAGCUGCAGGGGCCGGCGACGGCCUCCGAGGUCUAUCGCAUCCUGCAGCACAAAGACCUCGUCGACAAGUUCCCACUGUUCAACGCCGUCUAUCAGAUCUGCUUUCAGGGACAUCCGGUCUCAGAGUUCAUCAGCUGUUUGCAGAACCACCCGGAGCACAUGUGAAAAAGAAAGGAAAAAAAAACGGCAAACUGACCAAGUGCCUUUUUUAAAAAGAAAAUGUCCCCCGUCUAUUUCUGCUCGGUAAGGUAAUGUUUACCUUUUCUCACCUGUUACCAAGCAGAAAUAGACGGAGGACAAGUCACUCCACAGCUAUCACACAACUGUGCGGCUCCAGCCAGCGAGGGCGAUGUUCACUCUUUCGAAGGAGGUUGCGUAACAUUGGUGCGUUCAGCUCUAGUUCGACCACUCUGUCCUUAACACUCAUUAUUAUUUUUUUUAAAGUGCUUUUCAUUUCCUGACACGCGCGACGACUUGAAGGAGUUUAGAUGAAGCCGUUUCUUUUCCCCGUGUUAUUGUCAAGAUGGCUCUUUUUUUCUUCUUUUUUUGUGCCUAAAAUGUAUUUCAUUUAAAUCCAAAUGCAUGGCGUAACAUUUCUAGAAAGCGACGAAAAAAGAAAAAAAACCAAUAAAUAUAUCCAGACUUUCACCGGAUAUCAAAUUAAUCACAAGACAAUAAUAUUCUUCCUAAGUGUUUAGUGCCUCCGGUUUUAGUCGAUCCUUGACUGCCAUUUAGGAUCAUGCAUUCAGAUUUUGACCAACCCCUAUUGACGGCCUUCUGUUGGGGGAUUUAUUGUUGUCGUCCAGUGAAUGCCAUAAUGUCUUUAUUUGCUCUAAAAGUGUCUUACAUAAUUCACUGUUUUGUCUUGUACUGUAUAUUAACGUACUGUCGAAGUAUAAGUGCCUUAGCAUGCACUGUUUCUAAUUCUUCGCAAUUUUAUUUUUGGUUUUUUGGGGUCCAACCAAAGACUUUAACUACUUUAACAUCCGUCCAAUAUUCCAUUUGUUAUUGUGACCCUGCCUGAUGGUAACUAUAUCAACAUUUGUCUGAAUAAACUAACUCUAAUCAAAUGAAAA